UCUGUAUCUCGGGUCUCCUGGAAUUUAAUCUGACGGGAAGGGGAGCGGCCCGUCAAAAGGCGCUGUGCUCCCCCCCUUCCCUCCCCGUCGAGCUGUGAUGCGUCUCUUUUGCGCAAAGGCGCAUUGUUCGCGGGAGCGCACCGCGCUGGGCCUUCCUAGCUGGAUGGCUCACUCCAUGGCGACCCUCCUCUCAGCCUCUAUAAGAACCCGGCCCUGGCGAGAGGAUCGCAGACAUGCUCCAAAGUGCCCUCAGCUAACAGGACGCGCGACGUCUCCCCGUCUUGCGUCUCCUCUCCAGAAGGAAGCAUUGCCAACCCGGACUGCCAGCAACUAAGGAUCUUGGAGCACUUUGGGGGACUUUUCGCCUGCUGCUCCGAGUUUUCUCUCAUUUUAUUUAAAAACAAACAAACAAACUUCGAUUUGGGCUCAAACACUCUCCACAAGCGAGGACUUUUCAUCCCUGCGCACGGUGCGCACCUCGCCCGCAAGGUCUUGAGAGAGAGAUUCGCCACUCCACCUCUCCACCCACCCAUCUCUUCUCCGCUGCUUUUUUUCCCUUUUCUUUUGGCGGUUCAGCCGAGCAGGCAGGCAGGAUAGGCGAAGCGAUGAGCCCCGUGGCAUUAAUGCUAGGCUUGAAGACCUUGUGGGUUUUGGCUUUUUCCUCUCUUUCCAACACGCUGGCGGUGAAUAACAGCGGCCGAUGGUGGGGAAUCAUAAAUGUGGCCUCAUCUACCAACCUGCUGACGGACUCCAAGAAUGUGCAGCUGGUGCUGGACCCUUCCCUGCAGCUUCUGAGCCGCAAGCAGCGCAAGCUCAUCCGUCAGAAUCCAGGCAUCCUUCACAGCAUCAGCAGCGGCCUGCAGAGCGCCAUCAAGGAGUGCAAGUGGCAGUUCCGCAACCGCCGCUGGAAUUGCCCCACCACACCAGGGCCAAACAUUUUUGGCAAGAUUGUCAACAGAGGUUGCCGAGAGACUGCUUUCAUCUUCGCUAUCACUAGCGCUGGCGUCACCCACUCAGUGGCCCGCUCGUGUUCCGAGGGUUCUAUCGAAUCCUGCACUUGUGACUACCGGCGGCGGGGCCCAGGGGGUCCUGAUUGGCACUGGGGAGGCUGUAGUGACAAUGUGGACUUUGGCAGGGUCUUUGGACGAGAGUUCGUGGACUCCAAUGAGAAGGGGCGGGACCUGCGUUUCCUGAUGAAUUUACACAACAAUGAGGCAGGACGCCUGACAGUCUUCACAGAGAUGCGCCAGGAGUGCAAGUGCCACGGGAUGUCAGGCUCUUGCACAGUCAAGACCUGCUGGAUGCGGCUGCCUACCUUCCGGACCGUGGGGGAUUUCCUCAAGGACCGCUUUGAUGGUGCUUCGCGGGUCAUCUAUGGCAACAAAGGCAGCAACCGGGCCUCCCGCGUGGAGCUGCACCACCUGGAGCCCGAGAACCCUGCCCACAAGCCCCCUUCCCCCCAUGACCUGGUCUACUUUGAGAAGUCACCCAACUUCUGCACUUACAGUGGCAAGACGGGCACAGCGGGCACAGCGGGCCGCUCCUGCAAUAGCUCCUCCCCAGCCCUGGACGGCUGCGAGCUGCUGUGCUGUGGGAGGGGGUACCGUACCCGGACGCAGCGAGUGACAGAGCGCUGCAACUGCACGUUCCACUGGUGCUGCCACGUCAGCUGCUUGAACUGCACCAACAUGCAAGUGUUGCACGAGUGCUUGUGAGCAAAGGAGGGGGAAGCAAAGAACAUUCCCCGCUCAGAAAACAAAACAAACUCCCUGCAACCCAGUCCAGCCUGCAAGACAUCCCUCCACACACACUUCCCCAUCUGUCUUGUACCCUCUGUUGGUCCAAACAGGAGGUAGCCAAGUUACACUGCAGACUCUGGCCCCCCACCCAAAGCAAGGUUCUGCUGUCCACAGCCUGCGUGGAGGAGACUCAGCACAAUUUGGAUGGCUGAAAAAAGCCAGGGAGAAAGGGAACAGUUGUGUAUAUAUGCUUGCCAGGCCCAAGUCUCACGAGUUCAGAUUGCUUCUCUCUGCUUGUUAGGCAGCCCCUCAGGUCCUGCCUCCUUGUUGAGAUUCUCAUCACAGGCUUUAAUUUGAACCAGAUCUCUUCAUCAGGGCAGAGCCCCAGAAGACUUCAGCACUUGGGCUCAUGUCUCCAGGUCUGCCUUCCGCUGUAUUACCAUUUACUGUUGUUGUUCCUAUACUUGCAGAGGGAAAAUGCCUCUGAGCUCAUGCAGAAAGGCUUAGGACUACCGGACUAGAAGCUUCCAGAUUACAGGAGGUAUCUUCCAGGCAUAUUUGACCAAUACAUCUUUCAUUUCACAAAUUAAGCUUUGUCUCUGUGGACUUUCUUUCUCAUUGAUGAGACACUGCAUAAGAUUACUCUGUGUUGGAAUUAAUGUCUUUUAUUUAAUACUUUGCAUUUUUGUAUCCCCGGCCCCAUGAGGGAUGUAGCCCAAUGGAUCAGUUCCACAGAGCAUCAUGGGAGCAUCUGUUCCGAGCCAGCCUUUCCCAACCUGUCACUUUCCAGAGGUUUUGGACUACAAAUCCUGCCAGCAUGGCCAAUGAUAAGGCAUGAUGUGAGUUGUAGUCCCCCACAUAUCUGGUGGGCACCAGACUGGGGAAGGCUGUUCUAAGCAAUUUGUGGAGCUGUGAUUUUAUAACCUAUGGGGGGUAAAUUGAAUUGGAGGUGCUCCUACAUAAGUUAGAUGGGAUAAGCAAAAGAGAACGUCAUGUUCAACUGUAACCCAUGGGCUUAUUACUUGGAUCUCUUGGUUCUAUCCCUGGGUAUCACAUCUGUGCACAAUGAAGUGACAACACAGUGGCUUGAUCUGUCAAAGGCCACUGGUAUUGACUUGCCAAGUGCUUGUCAAGUUCAAAGGCAGGCAGGCAGCUCCCCCAAAUUACAUGUUCUUACAUGUGUUUACAACUGUUCCCAAAUGCAGCGUGUGUAUGUGUGUGCGCGCGUGCCUUUUGGCCUUUGAUAACUUUGCCAAGAAAAUGUGUUCAUAGAAAGUAUGGACUUUUUUUUACAGUUCCUCCCCCCUUUCUUCUUUUUGCUUCGUGCUCACCUGCUCACCAUUGAAUCCUGUAAGUAACAUGCACUGAAGAAGUGGUUGGGAUUGCUGAUAAUUUUGCAAAUGUGUGUAAAUAAAAUAUUUAUUGUUGCCUGUUUCAUAUUCUUGUAGGCCUGGACCAAGAU